AUCUGAUAUUCAUAUCAGCUUCUUUAACGCAGAUAAAGUUAAGAGUUGGUUUUGCGUGUUAUUAUAUAUCUUACAGAGAAAGGAUCGUGACUACAGUAUUAGUCUAACAGAAAACUUCUUAUCGAUUCCUGCAGACGACAGGUCUUUGGAUCUUUACUGACAUAAAGUUUUAAUUUGCAGUUGCAUUCAGUGGAGUACCUUGGUCCAAUUGCUGGAUAUCGAUGAAGUAACUGGCUCAGACCAUGGGACCUCUAACGUUUGUUUUUCAUGCCCUUAUAUAUUCAGUUACUACAAUAGUUAUUGAAGCUGCUUGGGGUUUGUUUCAGCGUUCUUGUGCAGUUCUUGGAUCAGAUAACUAUCUUCGAGGUAAGGAAAUUAGGAGAUGCGUACUCUUAUCUUGUUGGCGCUGAUCAUUGUUUCCAUCCUCCAUGUCUCCGCCCAAGAUGCCGAUCGAGAGGAUGAAGCAAAAGCCGUACUAUUGGGAAGUACUCGAGCCCCGGACCUCGGUGAAUCUGCCGAGUCUUCCGAGACCGAGAGGCGAUUCCAGCCGAGAGAACACGUGCCUUUAAACAGGGAAUUAGGUGAGGGAUGGAAGGAACGGUUCGCGAAAUGGAAAAAAGAGCAUCCGGAUCAAAGGAAAUUUGCUGAGCGACAGGAAAACCACGUGAACAAUCUGCUCCAAAAGAGAAUGAAACAAUUGGAGGAGUUGAAAAUAGGUGCCAUCAAACCACGAGAAGAGUAGUGACCACUACAUGUACAUAUUGACGUUUGUGAUCUUGUGUUUGAUAUUAAGAAUAUAAUUACAAAAAAUAUAUCAAUGCACGUUUUAGAUGUACAGUCAUGUAUUGUUACUUGUUAAUAGUGUAUGGUUUGUAAAACAAAAUAUGGCGUUCUGCACUUUCGCAGACACAGAUAAAUUAUCAGACACUGGUAGAUUGUUUGGAGUUUUAUUUAACUUACUGCAAGUAUUGUCUAUUUCAUACUCGUUUGUUUGUUUGGUUUUUUUUUUAAUAAGAAUACAUUCUAUAAAAAAAUUAAUCGUACAAUUUUUAUUU